AUGGGUGAAGCGCUGAUUGAGGGAUCCAACUGGCGCCUCGUUGAGGUUGGCCGCGUCGUCGCCAUCAACGGUGACGACCACCCCCACGCUGGCAGGAUUGCCGCCAUCGUCGAGAUCAUCGACCACAAGCGCGUUCUCGUUGAGGGCCCCUCUUCCGACCCCGAGCUCGCCUGCCCCCGUCAGCCCCUCCGCCUCUCCAGGGCUCUCCUGUCGCCCCUCGUCGUCGAAGGCCUGACCCGUGGCGCCCGCCACGCCAAGCUCAAGAAGGAGUGGGAGUCGUCCGAGAUUGACGCCAAGUGGAAGGAGACGAACUGGGCCAAGAAGCGCGACCAGAUCGCCAGGAGGAACGGCCUCAGCGACUUUGACCGCUUCAAGGUCAUGCGCCUCAAGAAGCAGCAGCGCUUCGAGGAGCGCAAGGCUCUGGCCAAGAUCAAGGCCUCGGCAUAA